AUGAUAAAAAAGAAAUCAACAAAUGAUGAAAAUAAAAUAUAUUAUGAGCAAAGUAAAAAUAACUACUUAAAAAAAACAAAAAAUAUAAAAAGGAAAUAUUCUAAUAUAAAUUUAGACAUAGUAAAUACGUUUAAUUAUUUAAAUAAUAAUAACAUAACAAGUAAUACUGAAAAUGCAAAUAUUCGCAAUGACGUAGAGAUAUUAAAAAAUGAAAAUAUAAAUAAUAAAAUAGUAAUGAAUAGUAAUACGAAUAGUGAUUUAUAUAUUCCUGAAAAGGACAACUGGGUACAAUGUGAUUUAUGUGAGAAAUGGAGAAAGCUUCCUUCAAAUACUGAUAUGAAUAAAUUACCAAAAAUUUGGUACUGUAAUUUAAAUAAUGAUACGAAAUAUAAUUCUUGUGAUAUUGAAGAGGAAAUAGUAAACUAUAACUAUGAUUUAGGUAAACAUGUUAGUUCUAAUAGUAUGGUUAACUUAGUUAAUGAAUAUGAAUCACUUAACCAAUUUUGUAACUCUCCUAAUAAUACUGCUAAUAAGAAUGACAUCAAUAUUACAGAAAAUUUAAAAACAAAAAACGAGGAAUUCUUUAAUUUUACAAAUCCACAAUCUGAUAGUAAUGUACUUCCUACUAAUACAUGCAUGGAAGAGGAUCCAAAACAAAAAAGUACUCAUCAUAAUAAAAAUUAUUUUAAUGUGAAUAAAAAAUGUAGCUAUAUCAAAUCUGAUGGUUAUUUUGAUAUAUCUGUGGCGAAUGCAAAUUUUUUCAGCAAUGAAGAAAACAUCAACAACUUUUCUGCAGUUAAUAAACUAUCUUCCCAUUUUGAUAGUGGCGGAGGGGCUGGAGGCAAUGAAGAAUGCAGUGAUAAAUGCAAUGUCAAGUUCAAUGAUGUAGAAAUAGUGAACGCUCAAAAAAAAACAAAGAAUAUGAAUGAAAAAAAAAGUAGGUGCCUUCCAAAGAAAACACCAAAAAAAGAAGAACUUAAAAAUAAUACUAGUGUAGGUAGCUUUAAUUAUAAUGCAGAUCAUCAUCUUUUUAACAAGUUUAAUAAUAAUAAUUCAAAAAAUAUUUUGUACAAAAAUUGUAAAGUAUUGAAAAAAGCAAUAAAUUCUAAGAAAAAUGUAAAGGAUGAGAAAGACGAACAACGCACAUUAUUUUAUAAAGAAAAUACAAAUAGUUUUUUUAUGAAUUUAUUUUUUAAGAAUAAAAAAAAAAGAAAGAAUGAAAGGAAAAAUAUAUUCAAAAGAAGUAACAGUGAUGGGGGUGGUAUAUAUGAGAAGAAAAGGAAGAAGGAAUUAAAUACGUGGAGAUUAUGUAUGAGUGAUAACGAUAUGUACGUUACUUGUAAUAAUAUAAAAAAAUAUAAGAAUUACAAGAAAAAUGUAAAUAGCUUUUGCUCUCCUUUUUAUUCCAAUAUGCACUUCAUCGUUAACAGCAUUUUGAAAAAGAAAAUAUAUAAGCCAUUAAAUGAAAGGAAAAGUGGGAAAUAUGGAAAAAACGACAAAAACGGGAAAAAUGGCUUAUAUGACAAAAAAGAAGAGAAAAAAAAUAUAAAGUAUUUAGAAAAAGAGGCAAAUUUUGCACUAUUCAAUGAAAGGAAAAAAUCGUCCGAAGAUAUUGAUAUUAAUAAUAGUUCAUGUAAUAUAUCAAAAGAAAGAAAAAUUGAAAAAAAAAAAAAAAAAAAAAAAAAUCCUGGAAAAAAAGAAAUUGUUUUGCAGAUGACUAAUGAAGUAGAUGACAUUGGAACUAUGAAUUUUAACAAAACUACAAUUAACGAAAGUAUUGCUCCAUAUUUUCCAAAUGGUCAUAUGUAUGGGUAUAAAUAUGAGGAAAAUUUGGAGGGUAUUAACAAUAAUAGUAAUACUAUUAAUAGUGUGACUGAUCUAAAUUUAUCUAGUUUUAAUGUGUGCAAAGAUGAUCAAAUAAGAAAUGGUUUAUUACAAAAUAAUCUGACCAUGUCAGGAAAAUAUUUUGAUCCAAAAAUAACACCUGAUUAUAGUGAAAAUUAUGUUGAUAAUAAUAACAGUUUUGUGCAAAAUAAAAAGCACCAUAUUGAAAAUAGUCAUCAUAUUAAUGGUAUUAGUUAUAGUCAUAAUAAUGGUGCUAUAGAUAAAAGUAAUAUGGACAGCCCAGUAAAAGAUAUCAAUAGCAACAAAGCAGGAACCAAUGGUACGUCGAAUAAUGUAGUAAAUUGGGUGCAAUGUGAAAAUUGUAAAAAAUGGAGAAAAAUCGAUUCACAUAUUAAUAUUAGUGUUCUACCAGAUAAUUGGUAUUGUUCACUAAAUUUCUGGAGCAAAUAUAAUAACUGCGAAAUGGAAGAAGAAAUGUAUGUUGAGGAAAUUAUCAAUGCAGAGUUCUCUCAAAACAUGCAAAAAUUUGAGAAUAUGACGAAAGGAGAAGAAACAUUUUCUGCUAUUUGUCCUAUCCAGAAAAGUAAAAAGUUUGAAAAAUAUAAAAUGAAAGAAAUUUUAAAGAGUUUUGCAAAAAAUAAUACAGACCAUUAUAUGAGUAAUAUAAAAUCUAAAGUUAAUAAAAAAAAUAAGAUACAGCACAAGAAUGGUAACAAUAAUAGAGACACAAGUAAAGUGCAUGAAAAGAAGAUUUUUUGUCCAAAUAGGUUAGGUAAAAAAUCAUCAAAAGUAAAUAAUUUAAACACUGGGAAUUUCAUUGAUAAUAAUUCAUUUAAUAUAAGAGGUAGAAUAUAUAGUGAAUCGGUUUUAUAUGAAAAUCCCUCGUUUUGUCCUAAAGAAAACAAUGAAUUCAACGAUUUAUCUAUGGCGGCUGUGUUAAAUAGCCCCUUGAGGAAUAAUUAUUCUUACCCAAUUAAUUAUGAUGAUAUAAAUUAUAUUUUUUAUAGUAAUGGUCAUGUAGAGGAAAACUGUAGUAUCAACAGUGAUAUAAUGAAUUAUCAAAGAAAAAAAAAAAAAACGAAUAAAAAAGAAAAUCUGUUGAACAAUUUGUCAGUCUCAACGUCCGUAUCGCAUGAGAGGAAUGUUCGCUCGUAUUCCUUGCAUGCAUCCAAAAAUUCGUUUUCACGUAAUAUUUUUAAGAAUAAGUGCCUAAAGGAAAAUGAUAACGGUGUUAAUGGUAAGUGUGAUAUUAACAAAGAUGUUAAUUAUGGUAAUGAUAAGGAUGUUAAUUAUGAUAUUAGCGAUAGUAAUAAUAAUGGAUAUGAUGUAAACGAAGGGGAAAAUAAACGUACUACGAACAUGCUCGAUGAGAGCAGCAAAUACUGGAACGUACUAAGAAAUAGCAAAUUAAAUUAUUAUUUAAACCCAUCAAAUAUUCAUAAGAUGUUUUCAUCUUUACCAAAAUACAACUAUAAUAAAGUUGAUAAUGAGAUGAAUGAGGAUAUAUUGUGCAAUAUUGGAUUAAAGAGAAAAAUUUUAGAGGAUGAGCAUUCGCAGUGCGCUUCCCUAUGUUCUUACCAUAACAAGGUAAAAAGAUCCAGCUCAUAUGAUUUUUGUAGCAGUAAAACUAUUUCACUGGACAGUGUUGAUGAAAGAAGUUACGUAUCAGAUAGCUAUUUACAAAUAAGAAAAUACAAAAGAAAAUUAAUAAUUCAGAAUAGCCAUUAUACUUAUAAGAGCAGCAAACUUGCACAUUUUCCACCUUACGAUUUGAAGGAUACACAGAACGGUUCAUUACAAUUUAUACAUGGAAAUAAUAAUGUUAACAGUGAUAUGUGCAGCACGGUUUGCGGAAAUGUUCAUACGAAUGAUCGCGGAAAUGUUCACGCCAAUAUUUGUUGUAACGUUGAAGAGAACCAAAACAACACACCAGGGGAGUUAUAUCAAAAGAAUAAGCAUCAUAAUCCAAAUGGAAUAAAUGGAGAGGGACAGCAUCACCAUAUCGAGUGCCUCUAUUUACAGAGGUGUGAAAGACAUAACAACGACCUUUUAAAAAAUAAGUAUGAUUGUGUAAAUUAUGCUAGAAAAUUUAACACUUCAAUGGCAAAAUAUAAAGACAGGAUAAAUAAUGACGACGGAAGCGAUGAUGAUAGGAAAUUGUAUAACAUGUGCUUUAAUACAAUGAAGGAUGAUAACAGUAAAGGUGGUGCAACUACUGUUGUUAAUGAAGAUGGGAUUGAAGACACGCUGUGCAAUAAUAUUGACAAGUUUGCAGUUGGUUCUAAUUGUGUUAACGAUAGAGGUGAUAGUUAUUAUGGUACUGAUAAUCGAAGUGAUGAUGAUAUUGAUGGGAGAGUGAUAGGGAAAAAGAAGUAUAUCAAGAGCAAUAUUAUUUGCAAGAAUAAUAACACACCAUUUGAUGAAAAUGAAAUUGGAUACAAAUACAACAGAGAUGAUAUUGAUAGAAUCUUGGAAAGGGGGAAAAAUAAAAAAAGAAGUGAUGCGUACAAUAGUUUCAAUACGGAAGAUAUAGAUAAUAAAAUAGUAUCGUACUACUUAGGCUGCAGUAGCAAUAACCGCAAAAAGGGAGCUAUGGUUGAUUUUGCCAGUCCUAACAGUGAUCUUAGUGGUAAUUAUCACCAUCACCAUAGCUAUAUGUUUAACGAAAAUAUAAAAAAUACGAGUCAAAACGAUGCCAAUUUUAGAUGCUAUAAUAACUACCGUGAAAAACAGCUAAAUGAUGAAAAUCCAUUUUUUUCGAAAAAAUGUUUUGAAGGAGAAAUGAAUAUUUUAAAUAAGCCCAUUAAUCGACCAGACAUACAUUCACAAGAUAACAACAUUCACACUUUAAUUGAAAAUUAUUAUUUAAAUAACAACAAAAGUGUGAAGAAAAUUCAGAAAAGCAAGUCCCUAAACACUAUUGACGAAAAGUAUCGAAAUUUUUUAUUUUUAAUGAAUGAUAAUAUGAUUCGCGUAUCACCAAGAAGUGCAUCACAUAAGGACACGAAAUCGAAAGAAGAUUUUUUUAAUAUGUCAUUGGACGAGAAUUAUAAUGAUCAUAUCGUUAGUGACAUGGAUUAUAUUAGAAGCAUGAGGAAUAUUGGAGAUGAUGUGAUAACGCAGGAGGGGAUAAGGAAUUAUUUAAAAUUAAAAAAUGAAGAAAUUGAUGAUUUUUCUAAAAAAGGUUUUGCAAAAUUAGCGUUAGAUGACUAUAUUAAAAUUAAUGAAUAUCGCAAGAGUGGAGGAAUAGAUAGUAGCUAUACAUAUAAUAAUAAUUAUCAGAAAAAUAUUAACAAUCAUAAAAAUGGAAGGUCUAUUUCGAAUAAUGCUAAUUCGAUGAUAUAUAGAAAAAAUUACUUCAAUAAUUUAUCGUAUAGCUACUCACUUGAUAAAUUAAUGACAGGUCUUCCUUUAAGUGAAGUUAAUGAAAGGAGCAGAAGUAGUUUUUGUAGUUCAGUUGCCAACACAAAUGGAGGUUCAUUGGCGAAUGAUAGUAAUAAUAAUGAUAGCAAUAAUAAUUGUAAUAGUAAUAAUAAUUGUAAUAGUAAUAAUAAUUGUAAUAGUAAUAAUAAUUGUAAUAGUAAUAAUAAUUGUAAUAGUAAUAAUAAUAGUAAUAAUAAUAAUAAUAAUAAUAAUAAUAAUAAUAAUAAUAAUAGUAAUAGUAAUAGUAAUAGUAAUAGUAAUAAUAAUAAUAAUAAUAAUAAUAAUAAUAAUAAUAAUAAUAAUAAUAAUAAUAAUAGUAAUAAUAAUAAUAAUAAUAGUAAUAAAGCUAGAAAAAAAUACAAUGACAUAAAUAUGCAGAAAAAUUCGUUAAAAGACUCCUUCAUUUUAAAUAAAAACGAAACGAACCCCAAAAAAAGUGCAAAGUGUACUUCACACAGUAAAAAAAAUAAUGAAAAUAAAGCCAAAACAAUGAUAAUACAUAGUGAUGAUAUGAAUAAUGUGAGUAGUAAUCAUUUUGUGGUAGCCAUGAACAAAAAAGCUGCAGAGAGGGAAAAAAAGAAGCAUGAGAAAAUCGAAAAAGGCGAAAGGAACGAAAAAAACGAGAAAAGAGAAAUCAACGAAUACAUAACGUUUAACUUGAACUAUAACGAAAACAAGAGUAUCAUUAAAGAACUCAUUAAAAAUAGAAGCAAUCAGUUUAACAGUGGAAAUACCAGAGGUACUUUUUCAAAUAAUGCUACAUCAUGUAAUAAUAGUAUUAAUAACAGCGAUAAAUUCGAAAAAGAUCAAAUAAGGACGACUAUACUAAAUGCAAAAAAUUGGAAAAAACACAUUUUAAGUAACCGUGUAAUUAUAUACUCAAAGGGCGUUUCCGCAGUAUAUAGUGUGGACGAAAUAAACAAAAAUAGUAUUUACUUUUAUAAUAAUGAAGAGAAUAAUAGUAAUAAUAAUAGCAACAAUUGCAAUAACAAUACUACUGUCAAUAGUAAUAGUAAUAAUAACAGCAACAAUAAUAAUAGUAACAAAAGCAAGAGAAGUCACGAUGAUAUUUAUAAAGACAUGCAAGAAGAAAUGGACAGCAAUAAUAUAUAUUUUAACUACGCUCACAACAUUAAUUUUAAUGAGGUCAGUACUAAUAGUAACUACAACGGCGGUAAUAAUAUCAGUGGCAAUAAUAUUAGCGGAAAAAAUGGCGGUAAUAACGAUAGUCAUAACAAUAGCUCUGAUUCACUUAAGGCGAAAAAAGUUGCUACUUCCGUAUUUUCGUAUGAUUACAAAAAAAUUAUUAACGAAAUUAGUAUAUUUAAUGAGAAUAUAAAAUAUCAAAUACCCCAUUUGAAAUAUAAAUUUAAGAAAUAUAUCAAUGUGGAUGAUGGGAAGAAAAAUACUUCUAGUAGUAAGAAAGACAACAUACACUGUGAUAAGAGCCCUAAGUACACUUCACACCUUGGAGAGGGAUAUGUUAAUAAGGAAGAAAAAAUAUUAAAAAGUUAUUAUAAUUUCAAUGUAGGCUGUAAAGAAGUGAACAAGGAAGGGAAAAAAGAAGGUGUCAAAAAAAACAACAAAAAGGGUGCAAAAAUAGGUGAUAAGAAAAGUGGACAAUUGAGUGACAAAAAAACAAAAUUGACAUUAACGGGCAAUACAAUAUAUCAUGAUGAUUCGAAUUACUGUGAAAAGAAUUCUAAAAAGAAAAAAAAAAAAUAUAUUGUGCUGAAGAAUAAUAAGGAAGAGGAGGAGGGGGAUCAUUUUAAUGGGCCAUUAUUACAGGAGGGGAGAAAUUUUGAACCAGAAAAUAAACGUACAUUUGAGGAUUUCGAUGUCAAGGAUGUACAUUAUAGCAGCUAUGCAGUUAUAAAAAAUGUAAAUGUCAACAGUGAUGCUAAUUUUGGAAUCAGUGACAACAAUCAUCUUGUUGAAUGUUAUAAUAAGGAUAAUAAUAUACCCCAGAACUACACAGAGCCAAAUCGAAAAAACAGAAUAAAUGAAAUCAACAAUAAUAUCAUGGCGGUUGUAAGUGAAAAUGUGACAAGGACAUAUGAAAAAGUGGAUGAUAACAGUACUGUGGAGACUAUUAGAACAUUUGUAGAAACACAUGCAAAAAGGGAUAAUAAGAAAUUUAAAAAAAAUAAUAAGAAAAAUAAUGAACAUCUUUACAACAUCAUAGAUAAUGAAAUUACUUGUAAUAUAAUAACAGCACCUAACAACGAUAUUUUAAGCAACAUAGAAAACAGUAAGAAUACUAAAAAAACGACUCUGAAAAGUGUGCUCCCCAAAAAAAAUAAAAUCAGAACGAAAAUAAACUUUUCUAAAGAUGUGACAGUGGAGGAGAAUAAUAAUAUAUCUAAUGAAUUUAUUGUUCAUGCAAAUGAGACUAAAAUAGAGGGGGGAAAUAAUAAUAAGCAAUAUCAAAAUAUAAUCCUUUAUAAUAUUAAUUGUCAAAAUGACAAGGUCGAUAAGAAAGAAGAUUAUGAAAAGGAAGAGUUUGAAGAACUAGCUCAGUUAGAAACGGAAAGGAAGAAGAAAAUGAUGAAAAAGAUGGAAUGUGGAAAUAUAUUUAAGAAUAACUGUGUUUCUAAUGAGGAAGAAGGUAAAGGGGCAUUACAUCCUGUAAAAUUAGCGAAUAUAGAUAAUGAAGUAGUAUUAUCAAAUGAUAGUAAGGAACAAAAAAAAAAGAGGCAAAAAACAAAGAACAUAUUUGAAAAUAAAAAAGCUGACAUAAAAAAUGAAAUAUUUGAAGUAUCGAAUGUAAGUAAUGUUAUUCAUGUUGAUGCUUCUCUAAAUGGUGAUAAGAAGAAGGUAUUAAUAAAUAGACACAACGGAGUACAUGUUUUUAGUCCUGUCCCUUUGGUCGAAAAAGAGGAAGAGCUCUUUGUUAACGAACAAGAUGAAGAAGCACAGACGGAAGGGCACCGAGGUGUCCAUAAUGAUAACGAAAAUAAUAUUGACAAUGACAGCAGUAAUAGUAACAAUAGUAAUAAUAAAAAUAAUAAUAAUAAUAAUAAUAAUAAAAAUAAUAAUAAUAAUAAUAAUAAUAAUAAUAAUAAUAAUAAUAAUAAUAAUAAUAAUAAUAAUAAUAAUAAUAAUAAUAAUAAUAAUAAUAAUAAUGAUUAUAGUAGUGACAACAGUAGCAACAGUAACUGUGGUAGUAACCGUAAUAGUAAUGGGAAAAUCUGUCUUUCUCUCUCUAAGGGGGGAGAAAUGAAAAUUACAAACAUUGAACCUAAUAGCUGCGACAGUAUAAAUGAAUCUAGUGGAAAUGAUGAAAAUGUCAAUCUUUUCAAUACGAGAAUUAAAAAAAGAAAAAGAGAAGAUGAUGAAAAGAAUAAUAAAGUUUGUAAGGAAGAAGAGACACAUCGUAUGUUCAAUGAAGAGGCAUUAUCAUCCCACAGUGAAACAGGUAUGGCGAAAAAUGAUAGAGAUAUAAAAAAUAUGAAUGAAAAAAAUAAUUAUAAACAAGUUAAUACAAUAUUUUACACAGAAAAAAAUUACUCAGUAGAUGUAGAUAAAGGCGAUAAACAUGUUCACGUUUUUUCGUAUAACAACAAAGAAAAUGUGAAUCAAAAUGAUAAUGAUGAGGUUCGUAGUGGAGUAAGGAAAUCAUUUUAUAAUGAGGACGAAAAAAAAAAAUAUGAUGAAAGAAAUAAUAACGUUAACGAUUGUAUUAAUGAAUUGCAUGAAAAUAUAAGAAAGGGUUCACCAUCAAGUAUUGAUGAAAUGAAAGAACAAUCAAAAUAUAUAGAUAACAUUAAUAGUGGAGCGGACGAAUAUUUGGAAAGAAAGAAUUUCACAUCUGUGGAAAGAAGUAAUAAUCAAGUUGAUCUAGUUUACUUGAGCUUAAAUAGUAAUAUCGAAACUUCAGACGUAAGAGGAGAAAUCAAUAGAAGUAUAAAACAUGAUAACAGUAGUGAUGAGGAUAAUACAGUUGUAAAAAAUGAAGAGGAAAAUUCGAGAAAUUCAUACGAAAAAAAAAAAGUUUAUCUCACUUGUGAACACAGUGAUACUAAGGAAGAGAUGGAACAAGGGGACGAUUUUAAAAAAUACGACAAAAUAGAUGUAGAAAGGGUUGAGCACUAUAAUGAAGAUAAGAGAAAUUCACAGAACAAGGAUGAUGAUAUGAACAAGCGCAAUAAAUUGAUAGACAUUUUUUUGAAAGAAGAAAAAAAUAGUGAAAAUAAAAAUGAAGCGGAUUUAUUUUAUUCUGAUUAUUUAUUUAAUGAGGAAAAAAAUGUAAACAAUUCUACAAGUAAAAAUGGUGACUUUGUAAAAGGGGGGGAAGUAACAAGUGUAGAGAAGAAACUCCUUAAGAAAGAGGUUUAUCGAAAUGGGAAAGAUCAGUAUGACGGGAAUUUAUCAUAUAAGCGCAACACUGAUGAGUGUGAUGAGGAAGCGACUUACAAACAUAACGAAAACAGAGAACGACAUUCAAGCAUAUCCAAAAGGUGUCCAUUAAAUUUGAAUAAAUGGAAUAGUGAUAAGGGAGAAGAUGUUGAAGCAGAGGGGGAAAUAGUAGACGAAGCAGCAGACGAAGUUGUACGUAGUGAACGUAGCAUAAAGGACAACCUUAGAAAACAUAAGAUAUAUCAUUAUGAAGAUGAUAAAAGUGAAUACACCAACAAGUGCAAAAGAAGGUAUUAUAACAACGUGUCUUAUCAGAAUAAUAAUAAUAAGAAAACAUAUUUAAAAGAUGAUAAUAACAAAACAUAUUUAAAAGAUGAUAAUAACAAAACAUAUUUAAAAGAUGACAAUAACAAAACAUGUUUAAAAGAUAAUAAUAACAAAACAUAUUUAAAAGAUGAUAAAAACAAUAUAUGUGAAGAUGAUAAGGGCACAAAAAAUUACAGGGAACGUGGUGGUAGGGCUUCCACCUUUGGUAAUGUAGAGGAGGAAGAGGAAGAUAAGUUUGCUGGAAGGUAUCAAAAAAAUGGUGAUCAUAAAUAUAGAGAAAAAUUUUACGCAAAAUAUGUAAAAAUGAGUAGUUAUAAUAAUAAGUAUAAAGAUUACUCAGACAAAUAUAAGAGAUAUAGAAAACAUGAAAAACACGAUAGACAUGAUAGUAACAAACAGGAAUUAAGAUCUGAAAGAGGUGAAAGUAGUAAGUAUGAUAAGUGUGGGAAGCGUGAAUAUAGCAGGUAUUAUGACAGGUAUGAUCGUAGUAAUAUAUACGAUAGGAAUGUACGUAGUGGUAAACAUGAAAGGUAUGAAAAAAGGUAUGACAGCAGCACAAGGAAUCAUCAGACUUUUGAUCGAUACAAAAACAAUUACAACCGGUAUGAAAAUAUAUAUGAACAAAAAAAUGGAUGUAGCAGUGAAAAUAAAAGAGUCCAUGAUGAAGAGGUUUUAUCUGGCAAUUGUAAAACUAACAUGAUGAAUAUUACAGAAGGUGAAGAACAGCAAGAAGUUACUACGAAAUAUGAUUAUAAAAAUGAAGAUAACUCAAAAAUGGAAACCAUACAUUGUGAUAAAAAACCUGUAGAAGAUAAUAGUGACUGUAUUGAAAUGAAUAAAAACACAGAAUUUAAUAGUAAGCACGAAAGAAAAAAUAUAGUUAAGGAAAGCCGUUAUUAUUGUAAGGAAAAUGAUUAUAUGAAGAGUCGACUCAUAGAAAGCACUGGUUGUACUGACGAUAGUUAUGGUGAUGAUGACUAUAAUCAUUAUAAUGGCGAUAAGAAUUAUAAUGAACAUCAUUUUAUAAAAAGAGACAAACACAGAAGCGAUUAUCGUUUUGAUAAUGAUGAAAAAAAAUAUGGGUUGAUGAAGUACAACAAUUAUAGCAAUAAAAAUGACAAUUACCCCAUAUAUCCAAACAGAAAAUUUAUUAACAAACAUUACAAAAAUUAUUAUCAUCCAAGCAGAACUAGCCAAAGUAGAGAAGAUGGUAUUAUUAUGAAAAAUAAAAUGAAAAAUGACACUUUUACAAAUGUAAAUAAUUUUAAACAUUCAACAGGAGGUAAUUAUAAUAUAUAUUUGAAAAAAAAAGUCAGAUAA